CUAAACAAUUCUGCUACAGCCAACCGGGGUUCGGGAACCGUUGGGAAAUCGUGACGUCAGCCGAUAUAUAUGUAUAUAUUAUUUAAAAAAAAUAAAACAAACCCAGAAGGAAAACACGAGAACAAAGCUACAACACAUUUAGCCUCUCAGGGUCUGAUCCCUCUCGCUCGUCAAGUGUUUGCUAGCGGUUCCAUCACAGCGAGAAGCAAACUAAUUCAUGGAUAAGGUUCACGGAUCGCUGGCAUGUGCCGGAAAGGUGAGGGGUCAGACUCCAAAGGUGGCCAAGCAGGACAAGAAGAAGAAGCUGCGAAGCCGCGCCCACAAGCGUAUGCAGUACAAUCGUCGCUUCGUCACCGCUGUAGUUGGAUAUGGGAAAAAGUGUGGACCCAAUUCUUCAGAGAAGUAAGCAGCUUGUUGUAUGAGGAGUUUGGUUAUGGAAGCAGUGGUUGAUCAUGAAGCACCAGUUUCGCACUCUUAUAUUUUGUUUGUAGCUAAACUACAUUUCAGUUUAGUAGUUUAUACUGAAAAUCUGACUCUAUUUUGUUCAA